GGAGUUGGAAUAUUUCAAAUCACAUUUUUUCUAAUUGCUGUCAUGUGAUAUAGAUGUGGUAUUGCUGUGAUUCCCUAACCAUGCAGGAUGGUGAAAUUUGAUUGGAUAAAAAAUUCUACGUAUUCUCUCACCAAAUGUUUUCAGCUGUUCACUGAUGGAGCUUUAUCUGGCACAAACACCACACAAAACUUUUUCUUUGCUUUAUCCAGUGUGGAUGGAACAUGGAUAAACGUGGAUUAUCGAAAUGACGUCAGUUCUGUGUGAUGUAAUUUCUCGUGACUUCCAAUACUCCCUCUUUGUUUCUCUUUGUCUCUCAAGACUCUUUGUUCCUCUCUCCCCCAUCUCUGACACACACAUACAAAAUCACACAUUUCCACUCCUCAGCUCUGUGUGUGUUAACAACGUGAUUUGAUCAAAAUUCUGGAUUUACUGAUAUAAUAACUCCAUGGCCUGCAGGUGUAGUUGUGUUUGAAAGUUUGAGUAUACUUGUAGUAGAAGCACGUCUUACUUUUAAAUGAUAAAAUAUGGUAGAAACAGAGACAGUGGAGUUUUAUACAUGGUGGAUAAAGCAUUUCUAUUUUGUGUGAAGACAACUACCUUUUAUACAUGGCUGAUAAAGCAUUUCUAGUCUGUGUGAAGACAACGUAGUUUCAAACAUGUCGGAUGUCAAAUUUCGAACCAACCAGCCUCCGAAACGUCUCUCUGUGCUGUCCAGCGGCCGUAAAGUCGGGGACUACGACCUGAACUUGGCCAGGACCUCGGACACGUCAGAGGACAAUUUUGUCCUGACCAAGUCCCACAACAGCCACAGUGUGAGCAGUACCGACAGCCAAGGGAAGCUACUGCAGAGCACCUCGGUGAUUAGCUCCCUGCACGCCCAAACCCUCUUCAUCAACUUUGACAGGGACGACGAGCGAGUCUACAAAGCUUACUUUCGGCGUCAGAGACUCGGCGUCCUUCCGGUUUUGGUUGCCCUGGCGACGGUGCAUGCUGUGUUGUGCGUCAGCCUUGACCUACUGCCCUACUAUCGCGUGGACGUGCUGGACCGUCUAGUGGUCAUCUCUGGUAGCGCGUGUUGUGUGGUGCUGCUGUUUGUGGUCAUCCACUGUGUUGGGUUCCGUGACAGUAUCACAGAAACAUUGGCCGUCGUCAUGUGGGUCAUCCUGACCUUCCAGAUCUUCUAUGACGUAGGCAGCACCUACCCCCACCACAUGCCGUCCGACAGACUCGGCUGGCUGCUCGUGCAUAUCUUCAUCACCCAGAUGAGCAUCCACGAGGGUGGGCGUGUGAGUGUCCCAGUGGUCUGUCUGUUGGUGCUCACACACUCGGUGCUGGUGGGCGUCUUGUGGUGCCAGACACGCUACCUGCCUGUGGCAUUCGCUAACCAGAUAGCCGCUAAUGUCCUGAUGUCCCUGGGGUCCGCCUGUAUGGGGUUUGCUGGGGGUCUUUUCCUGGACAGGCUCAACCGACGCUCUGUGCUAGAGACUAAGUCAGCCAUGAGCGCUAAGGCAAAGAUUGAGUUGGCCUACAGGAACAAGGAGCGACUUCUGCUGUCAGUGCUGCCCAAAUGUGUGGCAGACGAGAUGCUCAAGGACGUGGGGAAUCUGGCAGACGGACAGUUCAGGAAGAUCUACAUGAGCAGAUAUGAGAACGUCAGCAUCCUGUUUGCUGAUAUCGUUGGCUUUACAGCCAUCUCCUCUACCGUGACAGCCGCUGAACUGGUCAAGAUUUUAAAUGAACUCUUCGCUAGUUUUGAUGUACUGGCCAAUAAGUUCCACCAGGUCCGUAUCAAGAUUCUAGGCGACUGCUACUACUGUGUGUGUGGCGCCCUCGAACCUAGACCUGACCACGCCGUGUUGGCGAUACACAUGGGGCUCAGUAUGGUGGACGCUAUCAGUGCCGUGCGCCAAAAGACGGGCAAGGACGUGAACAUGAGGGUCGGGGUCCACACAGGGGCGUGCCUGGGUGGGGUGCUGGGGCAGCGCCAGUGGCAGUUUGAUGUCCUGGGGAAGGAGGUCACACUGGCCAACAAGAUGGAGAGCGGCGGGCUACCAGCGCGUGUCCACAUCUCCGAGGCGACCAGAGCGUGUCUGAACGGGGAGUUUGAGCUGGAGGAGGGUCACGGGGAGGAGAGGGAGGAGGAGCUGAGGCUCAAGAAUGUCAGGACGUACCUGGUCAAGUCAGUGCUCAAACCUUACCCAGAAGGCACCCUGGACAUGCCGACCACCCCCACCAGACAAACCAGCAACGGUUUCCAUAGAAACAAGAGAAGUUCCAGCCAGUCACAGACCGAGCAGGGUGACGAGGCUGAUCGAGACGAGGCUGACGGUGACCCCGUGGGGAGCGGAGAAGAAGAAUACAAGAAGGAGUUCAGCCUCAAGCUACAGCGGGAGUUGUUGGCUAAGGAGAGAGAUAGUAAACUAUUGGAAAUAUUUCAACCUUUGACCUUGAACUUCAAGGACAAAGCUCUAGAGGUCAGGUUCCAACAGAGGUCAGACAGCUACAGUGGCCUUCCAGUGGUGGCCCUUAGUGUGGCCCUGGUCCUCAUGUUCGUGGCCAAACUAUGUAUUUCACCCAGAACUCUGACGACGGUUCUCAUCUACCUGGGUGGCGUCAUCAUCUUAGCAGCCAUGGGCGUUGUUUCAAUGGCCUUCACCUUCGCUCAGAAGUUUCCAAAAAGUGUCGUCAGGUUCGCCAUGUCCGUCGAAAAGCACGCGGUCCUCAAGUUGUUGUGGGGAUUUACCGGAUGUGUCGUGUUCUUCCUGUGUGACGCAGUUCCGGUCUUCCAGUGCGAACAAAGAAACGUCACUAUCAACAUAAAAAACGGCAGCCAUAUUGCAACAGACGACAGCGCCUGUUUCUACAUCGUCUACUACACCCACGGCGCCAACCUCAUCCUCAUAGCCAUCUCCUCUAUGGUCAAUCUCGGUCACGUGGUCAAGGGCGUGCUGAUAUUUUUAGUAACAGGAAGUCAUUGUCUCAUCGUUCUACUGGGAGUGGAGGGAACUUACGGGAACUACAACCGUGUUUUAUAUGAGGACGAGGUCUACCCCCACAUCAAAUAUCGUCUGCUGGGGCAGAUGAUUGCGUCAGCUGUGGCCUUGAACUUCUUCAACUUUCAGAUGGAACUGACCACAAGAAAACUCUACCUGUGGAAGGAAGAGUCCAAGAAGGAGAAAGAGAAGGCCGCCGACCUGCAGGUCAAGAACGAGGCUCUGGUCUACAACCUGAUGCCAGCUCACGUGGCCAAGGACUUUCUGGGGAGGAGGAAAAAAGAUUCGGAGCUGUACAGCCACUCCUAUGAAGAGACGGGCGUCAUGUUUGCUGCCUGCCCCAACUUCCACGCCUUCUACAACGAGAGUUCCAUCAACAACAACGGUCUGGAGUGCCUCAGAUUUCUCAAUGAAAUUAUUUCCGACUACGACGAGCUGCUAAACCUGGCCAAAUUUUCAACCAUCGUGAAAAUUAAAACAGUCGGACCAACUUACAUGGCCGCCAGCGGUAUGGUGGCAGAGGAUACUAAAAAGCAAGUGUCCACCAUAAAAGAAAGGUGGAGUCAUCUGCAUGACCUAGUUCAGUUUGCGCAUGCGCUACAGGAUGUUAUAAAGAAAAUAAACGAGCAGUCUUUCAACAACUUUAUUCUACGAAUCGGCAUCAACCACGGACCAAUCAUCGCCGGCGUUAUCGGCGCCAGAAAGCCGCAUUACGACAUCUGGGGCAACACGGUCAAUGUGUCCAGCCGGAUGGAAUCAACCGGUCAAGCCGGCAGGAUACAGGUGGUGGAGGAAACCAAGAAUAUUCUGGAAGUCUUCGGCUACACGUUUGAGAAGAGGGGGCUCAUCAAGGUCAAGGGCAAGGGUGAACUCAUGACCUACUUUCUGGAGCGACAGGUGGAGCAGCCUGACAUGCACAUGCCACAUCAGGUUCCAGAGACAUGACAUCUGUUGACAUCGGAUGUCAUGCUGGUGUAUCGAAAGACAUUUGUUUGUGUUGACAUGCAAAUGUAAUGAGAAACAAAAGUGAGAUUUACAAAAAUCUACUUUUAAAACAAGCUGAAGAUUUAAAGUUGCUCACAGAGCCCUUGGGUGGAGCGGAGCCCUAGUGAGACAACACGGGACUCAGGCAAACAACGCUUCAAUGUCAGGGCAGAUUGCAAUGUCAGGACAGAUUUGUCGUCAUAGCUGAAACAGGCGUCAAAUUUAUGGCAAAUGAAGACGUCAAAGUCAUAAAAUUCCUGAAGUCAGUUGUGAUAGAUCUAGACGUUAAAGUUGAAACAGAUCUAGACACAAAAUUUGAGACAGAGCAAGACGUCGAAGAUUCUGAUCAAAGCUGAACCUCAGACGUCUAGUGUUUGUGUCCGGUACUUGAUUGUUAAAAACUUUGAUAAGUUGAACACAAAAAAGCAGGAAGCUAUUUAUAUUGCGGUUUGCCAAAGGUUAAAAUCGGUGGCGAAUAUUUGAAAUAACUCGAGGUACACAUAAAUGUACACAAAGACAAGUGUUUGAAUCGCUGUUUUAGAAAUAAUUAUACUUUUUAACAAGACACAAUUUAUUCAUCAAGGGAAGCAACUAAUACACGACAUGUGUGAAGGGAGAUAACUAACUUAGCAAUAAUGAAGAAAAAGACAAAAUCACGGCCCUUUAGUAUAUUUUUAGCCAAACAAAACAGAACAUCACAAUUGUAUUUGAAUAUUAAUUGCACGUUAAUUAAAUGGCUAAUUAAGUUAUAAACUAGCAGUUUGUCUUGCUACAAUAUGCAGAACAAAAUACAUCUGUUGCCAGUAUCCUAUAUACCUGGCUCGGGGCUGAACUAUAUGUGAUAGAUGUACAUACUGGUCUACUGUAUAAAUCUUGUGUGUAUAUUUUUUUGUAUAAAUCUUAACGUGUGUGUAUAUUUUCUUGACGAAAUUUGUAUGUGCAACAGAAUAUAACAUAACAGUAAUGGAAUGGAUAUUUUGACGUUGUUGGUGUAAAAUUAAAGGAAGGUGA